GGACUGUGAAGUCUCGCAGCGGCUCUGACUUGAGGAUUGACAACUUCCCAUGGCGGGUGCUCUUCAUCUGUUUGCCCCUCUCCCUCCCCGGUUCUGUGGACGGUAGCCGGACCUCCGCUGCACCGACCCCGCAACCGGUUGCCGUUUUACCGCCAGGACGAGCUCCGACGGACCGCCAACUCCCGCGACGUUUGGCAGGAUAUUCAAGGACAUUUUUAACGUUACCAUAGCUACUUCGGCCUUUUUUUCUGUCGGUUGAGGAAAUCCAGCGUGUGGUUCUCCCGUGCAAUGAUGGGGCCAUAUUUUGUAAACACUGGCAGAAAGGGCGGCUGAUAGCAUGUUAUCACACUCCUGAUGAUGAUGUGUGUGUCAUCUCUACAUGUCGUACCCACACCCCUUCCUCUGCUGAAGGGCCAUCACAUUCAAACGGCGACGUAAAGGAAAUUAGCUGCUGGGUUUCGGUGCGUUCAUCUCAACCAUGGCAUCGUUUCCAGACCUAAUCGAGUGGCGCUGAAAGAACACCGUGUUACAGGUGAAAGUAGUUACCCUGCUGAAAACGCGGAGAAAAGGCUGGGGAACUUUGCUUUUCCGGGAGUGUGUUUAAUCCGGAGGUGCAUCAGCUGCAGGAACCGUCAAUGUGGACUUCAGCUGGUGAUUUGACAAGUCACCUAUAGGAUCCCCUCUGAGUCUCUCCUGUCCCCUCUCCCCUUCCCUUCCCUCUGUCCCUCCCUCCCCUCUUCCCUUAUCAAUCUUCUCCCCGAUCCCUCUGUCCCCCCUCCUACAAAAAAUUCACCAUGCUUAUCAAGGAGUACCGCAUCCCCAUGCCCAUGAGUGUGGAGGAAUACCGCAUCGCUCAGCUCUACAUGAUCCAGAAAAAGAGCAGGGAAGAGAGCUGUGGUGAGGGCAGCGGGGUGGAGAUCCUCGAGAAUAAACCCUACACAGAUGGGCCGGGUGGGACGGGCCAGUACACCCACAAAGUUUACCACAUUGGCAUGCACAUACCCAGCUGGUUCCGCUCCAUAUUGCCCAAAGCAGCACUGAGGGUGGAAGAGGAGUCCUGGAACGCCUACCCUUACACCCGCACCAGAUACACUUGCCCCUUUGUUGAGAAGUUCUCCAUUGACAUUGAGACCUACUACAAACCCGACACCGGCAACCAAGUCGAUGUCUUCAACAUGUCUGCAGUAGAAAAGAGGCAGAGGAGUAUUGACCCGAUUGAUAUAGUGACAGAUCCCAUCCCCCCUCAUGAGUACAAAGCAGAGGAGGACACACGGCUCUACAAGUCAGCCAAGACCCAGAGGGGUCCUCUGCAGGACGACUGGAUAGAAGACUACAACAACAACCCAGGGAAGACCCCCAUCAUGUGUGCCUACAAACUCUGCAAGGUGGAGUUUCGCUACUGGGGCAUGCAGUCAAAGAUCGAGCGCUUCAUCCAUGAUGUUGGACUGAGAAAGGUGAUGGUGCGCGCCCACCGGCAGGCCUGGUGCUGGCAGGACGAGUGGUACGGUCUGACUAUGGAGGACAUCCGGCAGCUGGAGCUGGAAACGCAGCUGGCCCUGGCCACUAAGAUGGCCCAGUUCAGUCAGGCUGAGGAGGCCACAGAGGCCAACGGAGGAGCGCCGUCUCCAGACAAAGAGCAGGAGGCUAAAGAGGCCAUCAGCUCCAUUGAAGCUGAGGAGGUGGUGGUGAGCUCCGGAGGAGAGACUCUACAGCCCAGGGGCGUUCUCACCAAGCAGUGGUCCACUUCCUCCAGAUCCUCCCGCUCAUCCAAGAGAGGAGGAAGCCCAUCACGUCACAGCAUCUCAGAGUGGAGGAUGCAGAGCAUAGCGCGAGACUCCGAAGACAGCUCGGACGAGGAGUUCUUCGACGCUCAUGAGGAUCUGUCGGACAGCGAAGACGUCAUGCCGAAGGAAAUCACCAAGUGGAAUUCCAACGACCUCAUGGACAAGAUUGAAGCUGCAGACACGGAGGAGACUCCUGGAGAGCUGUUCAAGGAAAUGACAGUGGAUUAUGAAAGAGCAACCAGUGAGGAAAGACUAGACGAGGAGAGCUCGUCAGCACAGUGUCUGCAGCCUUCCAAGAUCCACGUGCUGAUCCUUGUUCUGCACGGAGGAAACAUCCUGGAUACCGGCGGAGGCGACCAGAACAGCAAGCAGGCCGACGUCAACACAAUUAGCACAGCGUUCGAGACAGUCAUGCGAGUUCACUACCCCGCUGCGCUGGGACGCAUCGCCAUCCGUUUGGUACCCUGCCCUGCCAUCUGUGCCGAGGCCUUCUCCCUGGUGUCCAACCUGAGCCCAUACAGCUACGAUGAGGGCUGUCUGUCCAGCAGCCAGGAUCACAUCCCCCUGGCAGCGCUCCCCCUCCUGGCCACCUCUGCCCCGCAGUACCAGGAGGCCAUGGCCACCGUCAUCGUCAGAGCCAACCAGGUGUUCUCAGACUUCUUAAAGUCUCUGGACGGGGCAGCUUUCACCGGCCAGGUCUGCCUCAUUGGAGACUGUGUGGGAGGAAUCUUGGGGUUUGAUGCACUGUGCAGCAGCAAUCAGACGGUGAAUGAGAGCCAGAACAGCAGUCGCAGGGGCAGCGUGGUCAGUGUGCAGGACCAGGACCUCCUCUCUCCCGGCAUCAUCGUGAACAGCGGGCACGGCUCAGCCUCUCCGACCCUGGAGGGCAGCCGCCACCUCAGCCGGAGCAACAUCGACAUCCCUCGCGCCGGUUCAGGCGACGACGCCAAGCGACAACUGCCCCGCAAGAGAAGCGACUCCUCCACCUACGAACUGGACACGAUAAAACAGCACCAGGCCUUCCUCACCAGCUUACACUCCAGUGUUUUGCGGAGCGAUGCAGUGUCGCGCAGGUCGAGCAGCAGCACCAUGCUGGAUGGAAGCUCCCUCGGGAAGUUCGACUUUGAGGUGUCUGACUUUUUCCUGUUUGGCUCUCCGCUGGGCCUGGUCCUCGCCCUGAGAAAGACUGUCAUUCCUAUGCUGGAUGUGGCCCAGCUGCGGCCUGCCUGUCAGCAGGUCUACAACCUGUUCCACCCGGCUGAUCCUUCGGCCUCCCGCCUGGAGCCUCUGCUGGAGAGGAAGUUUCACCUGCUGCCUCCCUUCAACGUGCCCCGUUACCAGCGCUUUCCCCUGGGAGACGGAAACUCUGCCCUACUGGUGGAGACAGUCCAGAGCAACGCUCAGCUGCUACUUGACAGCGGGCCUCCCUUGUUGUCCCUUCGCUGUCAGGAGACCAUCAGUGAGACCUGCAUCCCUGUGCCGGUGCUCAACUGGCAGGAGGGCUUCCUCAAAGCCACACCCGCCACUAUGGAGUCGGAUGUUGUUCAGUCUCAUGGUGGUGUCUUCAUGGACAGUUCGUAUCCCUCAUCCCCCGUAACGGGCCCCCUCUCCCGGGGCCAGAGGAGGGCCAGUGAGGUCAGCAUGGCCAGCCAGGUCUCAGGAAUGGCAGACAGUUACACUGCCACCAACAUAGCCAACACCAAAUCAUGCCAAAUUAACCAAUCCAAAAAAUUUGGCCUUUUAUCCCAACUCGCCCUUUCAUCACAAAACAAAUUCUUCCCGAAAACUCCCCCAAAGUCCCGUAAGAAAGUGGAGUCUGACGAUGCCGAAGGAUCUCCUGAUGCAGAUCUAGAGGCAGAGCAGGACAGUGAGGCAGACAGUAGUGAAAAUAUAAAUCCCAGCGGCAAGUACGAGAACUGCCUCUCCCCCGGGCUGGACUUUGCCAUAUGUGAUCUGGUGUCACUGGACUCCCAGGCUGAAGUGGACCAAGUGGCGGCGCGUUGGUGGGGCACAAAGCGGCUGGACUUCGCCCUGUACUGCCCCGAUGCCCUGACCGCUUUCCCGACCGUGGCUUUACCGCACCUCUUCCACGCAUCGUACUGGGAGUCCACUGAUGUUGUGUCUUUUCUCCUGAGACAGGUCAUGAGGCAUGAAAACUCCAGCAUCCUGGAGCUCGACGGGAAAGAAGUGACUGAAUUCACCCCCUCCAAACCCAGGGAGAAGUGGAUCCGCAAGAGGACUCAUGUGAAGAUCAGGAACGUGACUGCCAACCACCGUGUGAACGACGCUGUGUUCACAGAAGACUCCCAGCAGGUCCUCACAGGUCGCUUUAUGUACGGCCCUCUGGACAUGGUCACCUUGGCCGGGGAGAAGGUUGACCUCCACAUCAUGACCCAGCCUCCGUCAGGAGAGUGGAUUUACUUCGACACAGAAGUCACCAACAGUAGUGGCCGCGUGUCUUUCAUCAUCCCAGAGGACAAACGUCUGGGCAUCGGAGUCUACCCAAUCAAAAUGGUUAUCAGGGGCGACCACACGUUUGCAGACAGCUACCUGACAGUUAUUCCACGAGGCACAGAGUUUGUGGUGUUCAGCAUCGACGGCUCCUUUGCUGCCAGUGUGUCGAUCAUGGGCAGCGAUCCCAAAGUGCGGGCCGGAGCCGUGGAUGUCGUCAGACACUGGCAGGAUCUGGGUUAUUUGAUCAUCUACGUGACGGGUCGACCAGACAUGCAGAAGCAGCGGGUGGUGGCGUGGUUAUCUCAGCACAACUUCCCCCACGGCAUCGUCUCCUUCUGCGACGGCCUGGUCCACGAUCCGCUCAGACACAAGGCCAACUUCCUCAAGACCCUGACCGAGGUUAACAUGAGGAUCUUUGCUGGAUACGGAUCAACCAAAGACAUCUCAGUCUACACCUCCAUCGGCAUCCCUCCCUCCCAAAUAUACAUCGUCGGUCGACCUUCCAAGAAGUUGCUGAACCAGUGCCAGUUCAUCACAGAGGGAUAUGCGGCUCAUUUGUCCCAGCUGGAGUACAGCCACCGCUCUCGGCCCGCUAAGUCCAGCACAGCGCGCAUGGUGCUACGUAAGGGCAGCUUCGGCCUGGGCGCUAACAGCGACUUCCUGCGCAAGAGGAACCACCUGCUGCGCACCAUCUCCUCCCAGCCGGCUCCCAGCUCCCCGACAGGCAGCAUCCACAGCAGACCCGAACGCACACAGAGCCAGUCGGACAGCGAGCGGCCCGAGAGCGCUCACAGCUACGGGCCGGGAGCGGCGCAGCGCAGCAUGAGCAUCACGGCCAGCUGCUGGGGCCGCAGCAGCAGCACCAAGCUGGACCCCGGCAUCCUCAGCCCCAAGUGACAAUGAGAGAGACACUCAUAAAUAAAGUGCUGAGGAAGAGUAAUGCCAAGACUGAAAUGCAGGGGGUUUGAGAUGGGUAAACGCCACGAUGAACACAAUACGUGCUACAAACCACUGUUUAUAAACCAAUGCCAGUCUCACUCUACACACAUAUUUAUAAACAGAGGCUUUAUUUAUUACACAACACACACACACACAACUCAACAGGCAUUUCAAGGAGCAACUUCCUGAAACAGGGACACAAACAGACUUAUUGUUGGGACUGUUUCUACUGUUUGGUAAAUAUGUAUCAGUCUAUGUGAGUCUAUACAACAGGCUUUUAGAUCAGAGAUGGUUACAGAUACCAAACACCCCAAUGCUGUAUUCUAGCAAACAAGACGGAGUGGUUACAGACAGCCUGUGUCAGGGGUAAGAGCUGGUACUGUAACCGACCACUGCCACAGCAAGCACAGCAGUUCGUAUAGGGAUCCACUUUGUGCUUCAUAGUUUUAAAGCUAUGUUUCUUUUUUAUGUGAUGAUCAGAUGUGUUCACGUCUGGGAGCAGAGCUGAGAAUCAGGCAAAACUGGAUUGAAUGUCUGACCAAACACACACACGCAAUCAUUAAGCCAAAAAUGUUUCUUCUUUUAGGAAAAAUCGCUUUUGUUUUGUAAGCCAACAUGAAAUCCUUUAAGCAAGCUCUCGGACUUUGUUCCAGUUUUGCUUGUUUUCUUGCCGUCCCUCAGACCAAAGAACCGUCCUAAAUAUCACAUGAAGCAAACUGCGAAAUGACCCUUUAACUACGGUUGCAGCUGAAACUGUUCCUGGGAUUUUAUAACACUUCACCACACCUCGCCAUGCCGCUGCCCGACCCUUCCUACAUCGGAAAUGUGCGAUUUUACGGUAAACGUGCCAAAGCAAACAGCGCAGAACGAUAUGCUGUACAUUAAGAGAGAGAGAGAGGGAAUGAUUAAGGUGUAAAAAUGGAUUUGUGUAAGUAUGUAUUUGAAUGGCUUGUACAUAAUUUGCUUUACUACAGUGCAGAUCUGGUAUCUGGUCCACUGAAGACUAGCUUCAAGUGUCUUCUUCACUGCGGGGGUCGACACCGCCUCGUUCAGGAUACACUUUAAUGAUGAUACUUCUUGUUAUUUAUGAUUAUAGAUAUUUUAAAAUCGUAUUGAUUUUGUGAAAUGUGUUUUUAGAUUCCUUUAGCUAUGUUUUCUUUCAUUCUUUGAUAAUUCAGUUGCAGCAGCCAUAACUCAGAGAGGUGUUUGCCUGGCACAGUAUUGUAUUUUUAUUAUUUGAUCCUGCAGAUCACAAAGAACUGAAUCAACAGAACUGCUAUAUUGUGUCAUAUAUUGUUUGUUUAUUCUACUUUUGGGAUAUUUGGAAUAUGGCUUUCCUCUGGUUAUCCCUAAGCUGUAAAUGAGGCGUUGAAUGUGCUCAUAGAUAAUCCUCCGUAGAUUGAGUUCUGCUGCGCCUUCAGAGGAAGAGGAAUCAGCAAAUUGUAAAUUCUGUACAAUACGCAGUCAGAAGUAGGAACAGCUGUUCACUUUUUAUUUCUGAAACACAUUUGUGAUCAUUUAAAUGAUGUUGAUUUGGCCCCUCUGAUAGGCCUGUAGAGAGCUGACUGCUAUGGACCAAUAUGGACUCAAACGUAAGGGAAACGUGCAAUAUUUCUCAACCGCACCACAAGAUCAAACAGACUGUGUAGAGGAAAUUGUCACAGUGCAUUGACAAUCAGAUCAACAGGAACUUAUUCUAGACGGAAUCUGAACACACAUGAGCAGCACUCAAAAAAGCAUAGGCUACACACAUUUGUGGUGUGUCAAAAGAAGUGACAUUUUCUUUCAAAAAGGGCCACUAACCUGAUAAAAGUGUGACAUACUACAGUAGGUUUUCUGAAGGGGAGGGACAUCCCCAAUAUCAAUGUUGCAUUUUACGUCGACUGCAUUUCAAAGUGACCCAGAAAUCAGUUGAUUAGCCAGCUGAAAAUAAUUCGUUUUUAACAAAUCCUUUAUGGUGUUUUAGCUUUUAUUGAGAGGAUCGAGUUAAUGGUGACUUUGGGGGCUGCUGAAUCGUAUAGUGUUAUACUGGGAGGUGUUUCUAGUAUUUUGUCUACCCCUUUCAUAUCAAUGAGGGGAGACAAUGUUAGAUAACUCAGUGUAGAUCCCAAUGCAUAACAAGGAAAGUUAUUCCAAACUUUACUACAGCCCCUCUGCGCCGAAGGCUGCUGAUUGAAGAACGGCUGUUUGUACAUUGAGAGCCAUUAGAGGAAAAACAUGCUGUAAAACAUGCACUUGUCUAAAGUUGGAAACGACUGAACCACACGUCCUUCCUGAGAACGUGCAGGGGAAGCGGUGCGGGUGUCUCUGAUGUUUGGUUACCUCUGGGCAGACAAUGGCUGAGUUUCUGCUACUAACUCACACAUGAUCAGAGGCCUUACACUUCCCUCUUCUGCCUUACAUUCACCAUUGUGUUGCGAGACUGAACGCUGCUUCCUCUCAAACUGACUUAAUGGAAAAUGAUAGACUGUUUGUGGAAAGGACACAUUUCUUCUUGUUUGGCUUGUUUUCACUUAAAAGGAAACAUUUCACCAACAUUAGGCAAUCCGUCUCCAGCUGUUCCCCGGGUUAAUGCAACGCCACCACUGCAACACCAACAGUUAGCAUUCAUAGGCUGUACAUACAUAUGCAACAUACCUUGGUAAAACAUUUCAUUGUACAGGGUGUGUAUCUUGUAGAUUUUUGGAUAAAUUCAUUGUAUCCAUCCCCUUGUGUUUUUAUGUACAGUGUAUAAAGAACAUAUAAAGAUCAA